UGCGGACACCCGCGGCUGCUCCCGAAGGCGCCGGACGGAGCCGGGCCAGCUCUGCCAGACCUGCCGCACUCCACAGCCGGCGCACAAUGGCUGACAAAUCAGCAAAACCAGCAAAAAGAUUAUCUGAUUCAAACUCUGAGGGAGCUGCGGCAGGAGAGAUAAGUGCUCUGGAAGAGGCCUUUAGAAAAUUUGCCAUCCAUGGUGAUACGAGAGCUACAGGAAAAGAAAUGCAUGGGAAGAACUGGUCAAAGCUAUGUAAGGACUGCCAUAUCAUAGAUGGGAAGAAUGUGACAACCACAGAUGUUGACAUUGUCUUCAGUAAAAUCAAGGGAAAGUCUGUAAGAACUAUUACUUUUGAGCAGUUUAAGGAAGCUCUUCAAGAACUCUCCAAGAAGCGAUUUAAAGGCAAAAGUGAUGAGGAAGCACUUCGAGAAAUGUAUAAACUAAUUGAAGGAAAAGGCCCAGAUUUAACUGGAGUAACGAAAACUGUUGCAUCUCCAACUGUUUCACGCCUUACAGAUACUUCAAAAUUCACGGGUUCUCACAAAGAGAGGUUUGAUGCCAGUGGGAAAGGAAAAGGCAGAGCUGGCCGAGAAGAUCUGGUGGAUAACUCAGGAUAUGUAUCUGGUUAUAAGCAUGCAGGCACAUACGAUCAUAAAGUACAAGGAAACAAAUCUCAUGCAAGUGUAUUCAAGGAAAUUUCCAAAUGCAUUGCUAGAAAGUGGGACCCAAUGGACAAUAUCUUUUCUUGAUGAUUGAUUUCUUAUCUGCUGUUUUUGCCUUUGAAAAAUGUGCCCCAAAGAAUUUCUUCCCGUGGAAGGCCUACAGGAAAACAAUUUCUGAAUGGAGUGAUAGUAAAGCUAGAAAAUACACAGUAUUCAAGAUAAAAGAGUACAUUUUUCUCUUAAGAGUCUAAUUUAGAGGAAAAAUUAAGAAAAUCCUAACCCCAAAUUUAUUGACCAGAUGAAAAAGAGAGCAUUGGAAGAUACUAGGUAAAGUUUAAAAAGUCUACACAACGUUUCUGAAAAAAUCUAUGGAUUGAAAAUACUGGCAUUAAAACAAAUGUGUUACCUUGGUUUCAAACUCAUUAAAACAUUUUUGAUCAGACAUCUCAUGUUCCAGGAAACAAUUACCAGUAUGGGUUGGAAAAAGAAAGACAGGAAGAUUAAGGACACCUAAAAAUAUCUGACACUACAUAAUCAUAAAAUUAUGCUAUAAAGUGUAGCAACUUUGAGGAUUGUGUAAGUGAAUGGAAUUCACUCUUAUGUCUGUUUCUGAGGUUUGCCAUACCAGAUUAGGAGCCAGUUCUUGCUUUAUGUGAGGCUGUUUCUUGGAUGUCAUGGAAGGGAUCUCCCCAUGCCCCCUAGUUCCAGGCAUGGCUGGCUAAAGCAAAUUCCUUAAUACCUUGUUUGGUCAUUUCUGAACAUCUCCAAGGAUGAAAACUCCAUAGCCUCUUUGUGCACCCUUAUCCAGUGUUUGACCAUAGCAAUGGGGUUUUUUUCUUAUGUUUAAAUCGUAUUUCCUGAAUUUCAGUUUAUGCCCAUUGCCUGUUGUCCAUCCACUGGAUACCACUGAGGAGAGUCUGGCUGCAGCUUUAUAUGCAAUGCGAUUCUCACUCACCAGGUUUGCAGAUGACACCAAGCUGAGUGGUGCAGGUGAUGCAGGAGGGAAGGGAUGCCAAAUAGAGGUACUCUGACACGCUUGAGCUAGUGGGCCUCUGUGAACCUCAUGAAGUUCAACAAAGCCAAGUCCCACAACUUGGUGUGGGCGUUCCCCAAUAUCAACACAGACUGGAGUAUAAGGGGAUUGAGAGCAGGCCUGUGAAGAAAGAUUUGAGGAUAAAUUUGAGGUACAUGAAAACUUUGACAUGACCCAGCAAUGUGCACUUGCAGGCCAGAAAGUCAACCAUAUCUUUGUCUGCAUCAAAAGCAGCAUGGCCAGCAGGUUGAAGGUGUGGUUCUGCCCCUCUGCUCUGGUCUCAUAAGACCCCACUUCUGGAGUCCUCAAUACAAGAGAGACAUGGAUCUGUUGGAGCAGGUCUAGAAGAGGGCAUGAAAAUUAUUAGAGGGAGGAUGGAACACCUCUUCUGUGGAAAAAGAAGAAAAAAAAGAGCUGAAAGAAGUUGUUCAGCCUGGAGAAGAAAAAGUUCCAGGGAAACCUUAUUGUAGCCUUUCAAUAUAUAAAGGGGGUAAUAAGAAAGAUAAAGACAAGACUUGAACAGCCAGAUCUGGUAAAAGAGACUCUUCCAUUGGCAGAGUGGUAUUGGAUCUCUGAAGGUUCCAUUCAACCCAAAUCAUUCUAUGGUUAUAUGAUUCUGAGAUUCUGUACAGGCAGCCAGUAACAGGACAAGGGACAGAGGCUUUAGACUAAAAGAGGACAAGUUUAGAGGACAAGAAGUUAGGAAGAAAUUCCUUACUCAAAGAGUGAUAAAGCACUAGAGUAGGCUGCUCACAGAAGUUGUGAAUGCCCCAUUGCUGGAAGUGUUGGAGGCCAGAUUGGGUGGGGCCCUGUGAAACUUGAUCUUGUGGGUGGUAUCCCUGCCCAAGGCACUGGGGUUGGAACCAGGGGAUCUUUAAGGUCCCAGCCAACCCAAACCAUUCCAUGAUUCUGUUAUUGUAUAUACCAUUCAGAUAUACAUAAACACUUGAUAAGGUCUCCCUUGAGCCUUCUCUGCUAAACUAAACCACAGCUCUCUUGUUCUUUCCUCAUUUAAGUACCAGUCUAUUUCCUUGACUCAACUGAUACAAGCCUUCAUUUCAAUAAAAAGGGAUGGUUUUGCAGGUCAAUGAUACAGUGCCAAAAAUAAUUUAGAGACUUGGGAAGACAUUUCAGAAAUCUAAAAUCUACUUCCAGUUGCAAAGCCAAGUGUAUAUCUUACUGUGUUGUGUUUGGUUUCUAGAGAGAAAAUAAAUCCACAAUGCUAGGGACUGAUUCUCAGUUCAGAUCUGUAUUCUCCAGUGUGGUAAAGAAUUAGUCAAAAAUCAAAGUUGGAUGUUUUUUUCCCUUAAUUUUUCUAUUUUUUAAAAAUUUCUAUAAGUUUUGUGUGCCUAAUUCUUCUUAAAAAUCCAAAUUUCAUUACUCAAAUCAUACAGGAAACAAGAAUUCACCAA